GACCAUACAAGACAAGCCCGGCCUUAUAAGACCUUCUUCCCCAACAAGAAAUCAAGGAAGAAUCGCUAUUUAGUUCUUUACUUCUCAUCGGCGGACACAUCCGAGCUUUCGAAGGCUUUUCUUAUCUCACUUGUUGACUCAUAAUGGGUGAUAGUCAGUACUCGUUUUCGCUCACCACAUUCAGUCCUUCAGGGAAGCUAGUUCAGAUCGAGCACGCAUUAACGGCUGUUGGUUCCGGCCAAACAUCAUUAGGGAUUAAAGCUGCUAAUGGUGUUGUCAUUGCCACGGAGAAGAAACUGCCUUCAAUAUUGGUUGAUGAAGCUUCUGUACAGAAAAUACAGUGUUUGACGCCAAACAUUGGAGUCGUCUACAGUGGUAUGGGUCCUGAUUUUCGAGUUUUGGUUCGGAAAAGUAGGAAGCAAGCAGAGCAGUAUCAUCGAUUAUAUAAGGAACCAAUUCCUGUCACGCAGCUUGUGAGAGAAACUGCAGCUGUUAUGCAGGAGUUCACUCAAUCUGGAGGUGUUAGGCCUUUUGGAGUCUCCCUACUGGUUGCUGGAUUUGAUGACUCUGGUCCUCAAUUGUACCAGGUGGAUCCAUCGGGUUCCUAUUUCUCAUGGAAAGCCUCGGCUAUGGGAAAGAAUGUCUCAAAUGCGAAAACUUUUCUUGAGAAGAGAUACACUGAUGAUAUGGAGCUCGAUGAUGCUGUUCACACAGCCAUUCUGACCUUGAAGGAGGGAUUUGAAGGACAAAUAUCUGGGAAGAACAUCGAGAUUGGAAUAAUAGGCACGGACAAAAAAUUCAGGGUAUUAACACCUGCUGAAAUUGAUGAUUAUUUGGCCGAAGUGGAGUAGGGUGUGAUUGUUGCUCCAAAGGCCAGACAAACGGAAAUGAUUUCGAUAAUGUUUGCUUUCUCCCCUAAACUCUCGCAGGAGCUUAAGUAGAAUGUUGUUUUAGCGGUCGAAGUAUUACAGUCCUGUCACAUUUUGAAGUUGCUCUGAACAGUUUGGGAUAUCAUAUGCUCUUGUUUCCCUACAUUCACCAAUUAUUACCAACUUGUACUUUCUAUUGAUCAUUGGUUUUUUUUGACUUUUCUAUCCUUCAAGAAUCA